AAUACUUCCAUUGAGUUUCCCUAGAAAACUGUUGUGCAGACUAGUUUGUUUGAGGCUUGGUCCUUGUCUGAAAUUAUUGCUCUUUCUACCACUCUUAUACGUCAAAGAUACCACCAGCAAAAUGGCUAGCGAAAAGAAGGACAAGCUUGAGCCGCAGAUCAAGUCGGUCGAUAUGACCGAGGAUAUGCAGCAGGAGGCUGUGGAAGUUGCAAUUGAGGCGAUGGACAAGUACCACAUCGAGAAGGAUAUCGCCCAGUACAUAAAGAGAGAGUUCGACUCGCGCAAGGGUGCGACAUGGCACUGCGUGGUUGGCAGGAACUUCGGAAGCUUCGUCACGCAUGAGACGAAACACUUCAUCUACUUCUAUCUCGGGCACUGCGCCAUUCUCCUUUUCAAGACUCAAUAAAUGCGGCCGCAACCCAGUCUAAUUCGCGGAAGCGACAUCUACAACUCUUUCGGAUAAUUCGUGCAGGGAGUCGUGCUGUGAAAACUCCCAUACAAAAGCUGAAGGAGACUCAGUCAUACGGUCCAGAACGGAAUGCUGUGGGGUUGCCUAGAGGGCACCAUGCGGCGGUGAUUCUUCGGAUCUAUCUGCUACCUGAUUACUUUUCUAUGUUAAUCGUUUUUAAAAAGGCCUAGUGAAUACAUUCUUGCCCAGUAGCAC